UCCGCCUGCCCGAGAACUGCGAACUGAAUUACAGUUCUGGCAUGGAAAUUUCCAACUCAGACCACGAGUUAGCUUGUUUCCAGGUCUGAUUCGGAUCGAGUUCCGGACUGAACCUGGGCACCGCAAAGCCAAUACAGAUGGAUUCCAUUCUGACUGUUUUGUUUUUCGAAUGCGCCGUCACCUGUCUGGCUUCUGUGCGCAGUUGCAUGCUGCACCUCUGUCGCAAUCCGUCAACGAUGCAAUCGAAUCCGCAGCGGCGAAAGUCACACACUUUUUUAAUCCCCCAUCCUUCUUAUCAGCAACUGCACUCCAAGCAGCGUUAUGAUCCCUGACUAUUCACCCCAGAUGGCCCGCUUCACAGGUGAAGCCGGCGCAGCCCUCGUUUUCCUCAUCGCUUACCUGGCGAUCUUCGCGUGGAUGCUCUUUGCAUACCUCACCCACCGCAUCAAGUGGCGCUCUCGCUACUCGCUUGUCUUCUUCCACGUCACCGUCCGCCUCGCCUCGCAGGCAUGCGGGAUCGCAUUUGGCAUCCUCGGGUUCUCGAACACGAGUGUGUUUCUGGCAUUCCUCAUUCUCGGCGCAGAAGGCCCCCCACCGAAGGUGCUCUGCGCGUUCCGCUUCGUCGUGUCCUGGCACCAACACAAUCUCUCCAGUGGCGAAUCUUGGCUCGAGCCCCGCGAUCCGCCCAACACGAACAAAUGGCGCAAGGGCCUCAUCUUCACGCUCCUCGGACCGCUCGCGUUCGUCGUCUACGGCGACCACCCGAUGGUCUUCUUCCACUCCGCGCUCGUCGCCGCCAACGUCGCCAUCAUCGUCGGUGGCUCAUACCUCGCCGGCGUCGACUACACCGACCUGAACUCGGCCGACGCACGCCACAGGAUGCUCGUGUCGCGCAUCACGCGCACCACCGGCCAGAGUGUGUUCCUCGCAGCCAACACGCUGUUGCUCGCCGUGGUCCUGGUCACGAUGCGGAACAACCGCCGGGAGGGGGACGCUCGCCGCCGGCCUGGGACCGUCCAUCCAACCCUGGUGCUGCUUCUCCUUGCGUGGUCCCCGCUCAUCGUUCGCGGCAUAUUCGGAAUCCUGCAGGCUUGCGUGUGGAGCUUGUCGUAUUACAACCCGAGCAACUAUGACGCGGGAGGUUUCACGCCCCGAUUCACGGCGAUUGAAUAUGUUCUGGGAGUGUUCACGGAAUGGCUAGCCUGCGUGCUGCUCAAUGUGACGUAUUACACUUCCAAGAACGAUCCUCUCAAGCCCAACAUGGAUGGCGAGAGGGAGAGAGAGUGGAUCGGCCUGAAGGCAGGAAGUGCAUAGAUCUUGGCCCGCUUCCCGUUCUCCUAACUCGUAUGGUCAUGCAUACGUCGUGCUGAUCGUCCACAAAUGCUCCUCGUCUCAUACUCCCUUAAUUUCUCUGUCACAACUUAUUAUGACUUUCGUAAGCAUCCUGAGAGCA